CUGAACGCCCAUACCCUGCCCCAAAUCCCACCCUGCUCAGCCGUGGAGACAGAGUCCUGGUUUCGCGAAGAGAUGCUUCAGACGAACAACUACUCGCUGGUGCUGCUUAUCCAGCUGGCGCUGCUGGCCUAUGACCUUUUUGUCAACUCCUUCAGCGAGCUCCUGAGGGCAGCACCUGUCAUCCAGCUUGUGCUCUUCAUCAUCCAGGACAUUGCCAUCCUGUUCAACGUGAUCAUCAUCCUCCUGAUGCUGUUUAACACCUACGUGUUCCAGGUGGGCCUGGUGUCCCUCCUGCUGGAGCGCUUCCGGGCCCUACUGCUGCUGUCUGCCCUCUACCUGGGGCUCAGCAUCUCCCUCCACUGCUGGAUCCUGAACCUGCGUUGGCUGGACUCAAAUCGCUUUGUGUGGACAGAUGGACUACAAGCGCUGUUUGUCUUCCAGAGGCUUGCGGCUGUAUUGUACUACUACUUUUACAAGCGAACUACGGAGUACCUGGGUGACCCACGGCUCUAUGAGGAUUCCCCAUGGCUUCGAGACGCCUUUGCCCGAGCACGUCAGUGAAGACUAAACACAAACAGGCUGGACAGGAUUUAUACUGCUUUAGGAUGUGAAAUCUGCUGCCAUCAGGAGAGUCAGAAUGGGCACCAAUAAUGGACAGGGGAGACUGAAAUAGGCAGAACCAGAAUGGACACUUGGCACUAUGGUGCUGUAAGUAUACUGGGUACUAGAGCUGGUACUGGUGUCAGUAAUAAUAAUGGUUCGGAACAUUCUUUGAACUGGACUAGAAUCUGGAUUGAGACUUCCCUAUGACUCAUGUGCAUUCCAAAAUAAAUGCAGGUGCUGAGUUCAUUUGGAAAUAUGUUUUCGUCCCUCUCUGUAUACUGAGGAAGACCAACCCUGAGGCAGGCGUAUGAACAUGUUUUUCUGUGCUUCUCACCUUUCCUCUCCAUUGUAAUGCAUUCACACCUUAUUGCAUCUGUGUGUGUGACAGUGUGAAAGGUCACUGAGAUUGGAACAAUUGAAGAGUGCUAUAAAAUUGGAUAGAGAGUGUUUUUUUAUUGUGUGGAAUAACAGUGGAAGUCGCCUUCUAAAUUGUAUUUUUAUCAAGGUUUGCAAAUUCAUUCAAUAUUGAUUCUAUUUUUUGAUUGAACAGAACCAGUUGCAGUUGCCU